UGCCGCCAUCCAAUUACAGCGGCCGGGGCCGGUUAUGGAGCAGCUCUCUGAGCGAAAAACUGAAAGAGAAAGUAAAAAUCCUCUCAGGGAAGUUACUCCAUUAGCCUGCUUUAACAGCAGCAGCACAGGCAUGUCAUUUCCUAUUAUCUGACUCUUAAAAAACACAACAAUUGUCGAUUAUCUGCGCGCCUGUAUAGAUUUAUUAGGUAAAGUUCACCUGAGGUCAGGAGGAGGAAAAUGUCCCGCGGCUCCAACGCAGGUUUUGACCGACACAUCACCAUUUUUUCACCAGAGGGCCGCCUCUACCAAGUUGAGUAUGCCUUCAAAGCCAUCUCUCAGAGCGGGUUGACCUCCGUUGGGGUCCGGGGUGCAGACACCUCGGUGGUGGUCACACAAAAGAAAGUUCCGGACAAGCUGCUGGACUCUACCACUGUGACCAACAUGUUCAAACUCACACCUCGCAUUGGCUGUGUGAUGACCGGGCACAAUGCCGACAGUCGUUCCCAGGUUCACCGGGCUCGAGUGGAAGCUGGAGAAUGGAAGUAUAAAUUUGGUUAUGACAUCGCGGCAGACGUGUUGUGUCGCAGGUUGGCUGAUAUCUCCCAGGUGUACACGCAGAAUGCUGAAAUGAGACCUCUAGGCUGCUGUAUGAUCAUGGUGGCCAUUGACCCCCAACACGGUCCUGUCCUGUAUAAGUGCGACCCAGCAGGCUAUUACUGUGGCUUCAGGGCCACAGCGGUUGGAGUCAAACAGACGGAGGCCAACAGUUACCUGGAGAAGAAGCUGAAGAAAAAGCCAGAUCUGUCCCACGACAGGACGGUGCAGUUGGCCAUUUCCUGUCUGUCCUCUGUCCUGUCAGUGGACUUCAAGGCUAGUGAGCUGGAGAUCGGCGUAGUUACCAAAGACAAGCCUAAGUUCAGGACAAUGUUGGAAGAAGAGAUCGAAACCCACCUGGUUGCCAUAGCAGAGCGGGAGUAGAGACACCGUCACAAACGUCGGUCUGUGAUUUAUCACAGUAUGUUAUAGUCGGUGUGCUUGAUUUAGUCCAAUUUACCAACACUGUUCCAAACAGUCUGAAGACAGGAAGUACACAGUCUGUCACCUGCAUGUCCAGGCAGAUAAAUCAUGCGCACCUGAUGAAGAAACUGUGUUAUAAAGGAUCGAUAUAGGUUUGAUUUAUAGUUAUUGAACACACAUCUCCAGUGGGCUUUUCUAAACAAUUCUGUGUAGGGUAGUAAUGCAAUUUUUAAAUUCUGAUCUUGCACCUUGAAGUGACUAGCUAAACCUGUUGGAUGCUGGUUUGAAUGUGUGCAUAAUAUUUAUCAUACAGCUUUUUUUUUUUUUUAAGACUGUAUGUUUAUAACACCACCCAUCAAAGAUCAUUAUAAAACUGUCCCCAGGAGUCAUACUUAAUGCUUUUAAAGCAACUCUCAUAAAUAAAACUGAAUGCAAAGA